AUGACCAGUUUUGCCCUUCUUGAGGCUUAUCAGGCGCCGUCCCUGACUUUUGGUCAACUUUAUGUUCUACUUGAACUCAAAUUGCAUGACAUCAAAACUGAGAGAUUCAGCUGGGUUCCAGUCCGUGACCCUAAUCUCAAACACUUUGUAACGGAUCAAAUGGUUGGUGGAGGAGAUGCUGGUCUGACUGGAGUGGAUCACGAAGGGACUGGACGCGUGCGAAACAAUCGGGAACGGCGACGACAACACGAAGCCAAUGAACUUCAGAAGCAGAUUGAAGCACUGAAUUCGACGAUUGAGCGUCUCAUUGAGAGAACCAAAGAAAAAGCGGAAGUACUAAACAACGUAAUACAAGAAACGUUGAAACAGAUAAAGAUGAUUUGUUUGCAAAGAGAAACAAAGCGAAGACACAAGAUGAAAGAGAAACGACAAAUCACCAGGGCGUUAUUUCUCCGCCAUUUCCGUGACCGUCAAACAAGGAAGAGACGGUUGCGUCUCAAGUUGGGACUGAAUAACAUCCGCACACAGCGAAGUCAUUUGGGUCCAAUCCCUGCGUCGCUGGCCUCGAAGGAACAAGACGAAAGUGACGCACUGAGGAAAUGGGAAGCCAAUGAAGAUAAACGAGAUGAAGCCGAAAAUGCCUUGGCUGUGAAGCAAGAAGAGGAAGCUGCUGUGAAAGCAACAUCAAAACUCAAAUGGCUAAAAGAAGUAACAAACGCGCAUCUAAAGCAUCUGGAAGAAUUUCUCAAGGUCACAAAUCCGCAAGAGUCAGACGAUGCAACCUCAAAUAUUAAUGACUCCAGCCUGGAAUUCCAGCUUCCAGUUUUGCGAUCAAGACACUACCGGCUUGUCACUUUACUUCAUAAGUAUGGCAUAACUUCUGAAGAUGAGGAGAAGAUAUCUUCCAACACCUGCCAAUCACUGCUUGACAGUAAAUCAGUGUCGGCCACAAUUGCACUUAGAAAUCUUUGGACCGAUCUGGCUGGAGACAAACUCUGCAGAAUGCAACGAGCGGCCAUUGGUCAAUUUGAACGUCUUAUUCAACAGGGAUGCCGUUCACCCUUGGCCAGAUCAUUCAUGUCACCAACCAGCAAGCAACACCGCCAGUGGCGACGUGAGGCGGCAAUUCUUCAACACUUUGGCAAAGUGAUAAGUGGGAAGCACUUUUCCUAUUUUGACUUCUGGCCAGCUCCUGCCGUGGAGAGUAGUGAUGAGGGUGAAUCUGAUGCAUCUGAUAAAUCUUCGGACGGUCAAAGAAAGCAUGAAAAGCUACCCGCCGUCUCUGCCGGUCCUAGCAAAGGAGAAGCUCACCGGCCACAGGACCCAAGAAAACGGAAGAACGAACCAGUAAAGAAACUGAAUAUCGGGAGACAGAAUAUUAGGGCGUUUUGAGGCAGCAUAUUAAAUGUACUCAGUUUAAGUGGCAAACUUGAUCUGCGGUUGUUUUAGCGAAAUCCGACCCAAGUGCACAGUAGCUCAAGACCUACCCAUUGAAAUCGAGUUCAUCAAACGCUGGUCUCCGCGAUAUCAAAGGAGGACAAGCCAAUUCGUUUUACCUUUAUUUUUGACAAUUUGUUAACCACCAUAUGGUUCUGAAGCAGACUAUAGGUGCACAGCGAUAUCGCCUGCAAACUCUUGAAAUGGGUGAUAACUUUUUUAAAUUGACAAUUGCUUUUCUUUUUUCUUGUUAGUAAACGGCGG